UGUUAAUAACAGUGGUGUUUUGAUCAGUCAGUCAUGGAGGAGCAAAGAGUUCAGACGUGCGACGUUUACAGAACAGAUCCGAACCUGCCACAGAGAUUCAACAACCCCGACUGUUUCCAUGGUUACAGUCAGACGAUCUGUAAUCCGCUGUAUCGAACAUCAAACCAGACGUACGGCAGCAGGAGACCCACCGUACAUGAGAUGCCGACGCAGUUUAAAGGGACGACGCGUCAGUUUUCAGAGGCGAUGCUGCAGAGCGGGAUGUACCGCGAUCACGGCUUCAACACGUCUGUGGAGAGGAGCCGAGUGACGGCUGCCACGGCAACACUGAGCAACAGAGUCCACCUCCAUCGUUCCUAUCACUAUGGCAACCAAAUCAACAACCAUGAUGGGAACAACUAAAGAUUCACGACCAAUAAAUGAAAGUUUACAAAUGAA